AUGAGUCGUGGACGAUUGGUAAUCAGAAAGUGGUCAGAAUUCAGGAAUGGAAGCACAGAAUGUAGUAAUCAGCUGAAUAGUUCUUGGGAUGUUUGGUAUGAGGACCGUUCGAGUAGUAGCAACACAGAAGCCGAAUGGGGUGGCAAUCAGCAGCAGGUGGCUACUUUUAGUACAAUCGAGGAGUUCUGGGGAAUUUAUGGCCGUCUCCGACCUGUGAAUGACUUGCCUGAGAAUGGAAACUAUCACUAUUUUAAGACCGGAAUUAAGCCUUCCUGGGAAGAUGAGGCUAAUAAGGACGGUGGGAGCUGGCGUCUUGGCCUUCACAUAAAUGAUCAUUAUCUUGAGGAGAGAUGGCAGUCAAUUCUGCUCUCCGUCAUCGGAGAGACUCUCGAUCCGACUGGUUCUUCCGUGUGUGGAGUUUCCUUCUUGAAGAAGUCAAAAGGAUACCGUGUAGAAGUGUGGAUGAAGGAUGCUGCAAACGAGCGAGAAAUCGCCACUGUGGGACGCAGACUUCGUGCACUAAAUGCCGUUGAAAAGAGGGAGAAAAUGGAAUUCCGCAAGCAUGGAGGCGACGUGAAAUACAUUCUUUGAGGGGCUUAAUUCGUUU